ACACCACGCCGAUCACCUUGAGGCAAGCGUUGUACCAAUGUACUAGCUGAUAGAAGACUGACCGAAUCAGGAUGCUUCUGAGUCACACAAAUGGCCAUGAGUAUGACUGGCUCAACCCUGAUCUCACGAAGUGGCGUGCAAGCCGCGGAGAGACCCCGUCGUGUGGACCGACUGUUGAAGAGAAACACACUCUACCGCUUCUGUACGAGCCAGGCAACAGCUUCAAAUAUGGCCCUGGAUCAGACUGGGCAGGUAAGCUCAUCGAGAAAGUGUCAGGAAAGAGACUUGAUGCUGUCGUGAAGGAGAAGAUUUGGGAUCCUCUUGGCAUAGACGACAUCAGCUUUUUCCCAAAGGAGAGAUCCGAUAUGAAAGAUCGCAUGGCGAACAUCAGCACGCUGAAUGAGCAGGGUGAAGGACCGGCGGUAGAUGCUGGCGGGUUCGACGUCUUCGUCGAUGCCACAGACUGUCUGGGAGGUGUGGGUGCUUUCGCGAGCGCAGAGGCCUACUUUACCUUUCUCCAAUCCGUCUUGAAGCACGACCCCAAACUAUUGAAAGAGAACUCUUGGAAUGAACUUUUCAAACCGCAGCUCGAUGAGGGGUGCAAGAAGGAGCUCAACGACUACCUCAAGUCCUCACCUCUGCAUACGCAGCUUCUGGGUAUGGGUUUGCCUAUGAAUAUCGAGAAGCAAUGGUCGUUUGCUGGAAUGAUCGCAGAGCAAGGUCAGGAAGGACGUAUGAAUGCCGGGACAUUCUUCUGGGGCGGCGUUCCUAGUUUGACUUGGUAUCUCGACUUCGAAGCUGGGGUCUGCGGUGUGGCGUUCUGCCAGGUUAUCCCGCCGAUGAGCCCGCGCAUAUUGGAACUGCAUGGAUUGUUUCAGAGGGCAAUGCAUGAGAAGGUGGCGGCCUGAUGACUUGAAGUAUGUUGGAUGAGGGGUUGAGUGGCACAAUGCAGACUGUCGGGCAUAUCGCGAAGGCAAUGGAUGGUCUGUGCGCUUAUCGAUAGCCAGUAAGCCACGCAUGUCACUUUCCGAGCUAGUCCGAAGG